AUGAGCAGAUCCGUUGGCCCCCUGAAGGGGAAGGAGGAGCGGCUGCUGCAGCCGAUGGCAUCUGCUGCUGCUGAAGCACCGAACAGCAGCAGCAGCAGCAGCAGCAGCAGCAGCAGUAGCAGCAGCAGCAGCAGCAGCAGCAGGGAUUCUGGCGGUUUACUAUCUGGUGGUGUACGUGAUGGUUUAUUAUCGGGUGUAUCGCUAUCGGAUGCAUCUCCAGCAGCAGCAGCAGCAGCAGCAGCAGCAGCAGCAGCAGCAGCAGCAGGAGGUGGUAACGCCGAUGCAGCAGCAGCAGCAGGAGGAGGACCUGCUGCAGCAGCAGCAGCUGAGUCGCAGCUGCGAGGGUACAUGUACGGGCAGCUAGCAAACGUCGCCAAGGCAGCAGUAUGUGAUGAGGUGUAUAUGGAGACACCCCACAGCAGCAACAAGAGACAGUAG